AUGAUAGAUACAAGUCAAUUAGAUGUAGAAUUUAAAACCAAUUCAUCAGUAUUUAGUAGUUUUAAAUCAACAUCUGGUCAAUAUUGGAAUGAUAUUAGUAAUACAGGAGAUGGAUUUUUGUCAAAAAUUAAAUCAAAUAUACCAGGUGCUUUAGGUGGUACAACAUCACCAGCAGAAUCGAAAACAUUUUAUCAAGAAUUACAAGAAUCAUCUUCAUUAACAUAUUUUCAAAGAUUAACUGGUUUCGUAAUAUGUUUGGUUAUUGGCAUUAUAUUUUUAGGAAUGUCAACAAUGGUAUUAUUUAUACCAAGACAAUUUGCAAAAUUUUAUUCAUUAGGUAGUUUAUCAAUUAUAAUUGGAUUAGUUAUUUUAGUUGGUGUUAAAAAACAAAUAGCCAAUAUUAUGUCAUCAAAAGAGAGAUUAUAUUCAACCAUUUUAUAUAUAGGUUCAAUAUUUGCUACAAUUUAUUUCGCACUUUCACUUCAAUCUACAAUUUUAACUUUAAUAUUUGUGGUAAUUCAAUUUAUAACAGUAAUUUGGUAUUCACUAUCAUAUAUUCCAUUUGGUCAGUCCAUGAUUACUGGUACCUUUUCAACAGUAUUUAAACUAUUUUCAAGAUAA